AUGACAACUCAACCAGAAGCUCUCCUUCAGCAAUUUGAACCAACCAGCGCAAUUUUCUUAGAAGUUUCUAACGACAUCCUGGUCUACAGCGAGCAAAUCAUCGACACAAACUUAGAAAUGCUGGAAAAAAGUUACAAGUACAUAAAUGAUACCGUGACAGAAGCAUCAUCAUCCAUUGUAGUUUUGGGAAGUGGUAGAAGUUUUUUGGAUACUAAACGAUUUUUAGAUGAACAACAUACUUGGCAGGAGUUGGUAUUGAUUGUUCUGCUUUGUUUUAUAAUUGUCAUCACUGUUAUUGGGAAUACUUUGAUCAUCACAUCAGUGUUGACUACAAGAAGACUACGCACUGUGACUAAUUGCUUUGUGACAAGUUUGGCGGUUGCUGAUUGGCUUGUUGGUAUAUUUGUGAUGCCUCCAGCUGUUGCUCUACACUGGGUUGGAACUUGGCAACUAGGAUGGGUCCUGUGUGACGUUUGGAUAUCCUUGGACGUCCUGCUAUGCACAGCAUCAAUUUUAAGCCUUUGUGCAAUUUCUAUAGAUAGAUAUUUAGCAGUAACACAACCUUUAAACUACUCGCGUAGAAGGCGAUCGAAAAGAUUGGCACUGAUGAUGAUCUUGGCAGUUUGGAUCUUGGCUUUGGCUAUCACUUGUCCACCGAUCCUCGGAUGGUACGAGCCUGGAAGACACCAAGCCUUGGACUGCCGCUACAAUCGCAACAGAGGCUACGUCAUAUUUUCUGCAAUGGGUUCCUUUUUCCUGCCACUUUUAGUAGUCCUUUACGUAUAUGCCAGGAUAUCAUGUGUGGUUGCCAGAAGACAUGACAGACUUGGCGAAAUGAGAGACAGCAAAAACCAGAGACACAAAAGUUCCAAUAAAUCUGAACGAGAGAUAGAAGAAUCAGAAGCUGAUGGAGGAACCUGCACGCCAAUGACUAGAAAAUUUAAAAAUUUAGCAAAUUUAACGACAACCAAUGACAAAAAUAAUCAGUUUAACAUAAAACCUACUUGUGAAUGUCAACUGAUGAACAAUAAGAUGAUGCAGAUGGAUAACGUACAGAUGGUACCAUUAUCUCUGCACCAAUCGACUUCUCCCCCAUUACACAACACAACAAAACCUUUAAGGCAAAGAAUUUCAAGUUUGAAAAGAGAAACUAAAACAGCACAAACUCUGUCGAUUGUGGUCGGCGGUUUUGUAGCCUGUUGGCUGCCUUUUUUCGUCUAUUAUCUGCUGACACCAUUUCUACCACAGGACAAAGUCAGUGAUAUGCUGAUGUCGUUCCUGACUUGGCUGGGAUGGAUCAAUUCGGCGAUCAAUCCUUUUAUUUAUGCUUUUUAUAAUGUUGAUUUUAGGGCUGCCUUUUGGAGGCUGACGUUGGCCAGAUGUUUUAAGAAGAGAUAG